AUGAGUUCAAAUCAGCAACUUCUGGUAGUGUACAAGCAACUGAUAAGGUCAUUGGUCAAGUCCAACAAGCGGUCGAAGAUUGCGCAAAUCACCGAAGACAAUAAGAAACAGGUAGCGCUACUGACCUACAGAAAGUUCAACUUGUUGAGACAGCAGGCGUCUGAUCAGGCUUCAAGCAAUAGUUCAAAGCACAAUGGUCACUUAAGUGAGCUAACAAAUGAAAUUGAGCGUUUGAAGGCUAACGAUCCAGCCCGGUCCAAAGCACUGCACUAUUACGAAAACUCCAGUAGCCUUAGAGAGAUGAUUUUCCAAAAUUUCCCAGGAGAUGCUGGCAGUGUCAACAAAAGGUUGCAGCACUUGAAGGACAUCUCCGGAUUUGUAAAAAACCAAAUGGAAUAUGAAGAACUGGUGGAAAGAUACAACCCGGGCCUAAAGAUGGAUCAAGAAGAAAAAGUGAAGCGUACUGCUGCCAGAGUCGGCCUACAAGUCCCAGAUUUGUAG